GUUCUCUCUCGCUCUCUCUCUUGAUCUUUCUCUAUAAAAUCUGAACCUUACCCUCUCUUUUUCUCUGAAGUCCUCAGCCCUGAAGUUUAUAACCAUACAACCAUAUCAUACUACUGUAUCGACUUGUGAUCUUGAUGGCUUUCGUGAGGAAUUGUUUCAGAAUCACCGAGGCAGAUCGCCGAUCUGAAACUAGAGUUUGGUCUAAUGUUGGAUCUACCUCACGAGAAGGAUUUGGGCUGAAGCAAUAUAGCUAUAAUGAACUAGCAGAAGCAACUGAUAAGUUUUCCAACAGCAAACUCCUGGGCGAGGGUGGUUUUGGUCUAGUCUAUGAGGCAACACUAGGUGGCAAAAUAGUUGCCAUUAAGAAACUUAAAAUUGGUCGGGAUGAACGGUCGCAGUCGAAAGAAGAAUCGGAGAAGGAGAUUAAGGUUGUUAGCCAAGUGAGUCACAAAAAUCUGGUUAAGCUGUUUGGAUACUGCAUUGAAGGAGACGAUAUAUUGCUUGUUUUAGAGUACGUUCCAAAAAAAUCUUUGAGACAUCAUUUACACGGAGAGAUGAUUUUGGAGUGGACAAAAAGAAUGAAAAUCGCCGUAGGAACAGCUAAAGGGUUAGAAUAUUUACAUGAAAACUGUGAGUAGGCUUAUUCUUUUUUU